CCUGAACCGAGAACCCCACUAGUAACGUGGGGAAAAGUAGCUUUGCUGUAUCUUGGGAUGAAGUACACAUCACGGAGAUUCAUCGACCUCAUUCAGCGUGCUACAUCCAAGUGGAUUAACUGGGAUCCAACAAGAAGGGUUGCAGUGGGCGACUAUGGAACGAUCAUCAAUGAAACCGGGGAAUUCGAUUGGGAAGGAAACAUAUACAGCCCACAUUUCCAGGAGCAGCUUAAAUCAUCCAAAUACAAGCUCAACAUUGACCUAGCAGAUCCGGCACUUCGCCCCAAUGAACAGGAAGCGGGGGACGAUCAUUUCAUCAUCAAAUCAUGGGGUGUCACUAGCAAGGAGAAUUACGAAUAUCCUGAAGCAGGCGUGCAGAGUGCAAUGAAUGUCUUCAAAAUCGAUUUGCAGUUCGACGGUAACAAGCCAGCAGCUGUGUUGGUCAUGUACAAGCCAAGAUACACUAGCCUUCCGCAUGACGAACGCAUCAUCAGGCUGUUGAAGUCCAUGCCUGGUAUCUUGAAAGGGAAGUACAUCGUCACCGAAGUUAUAUCUUGUGCAGCAUAUAUGAUGCAUAUGUCGGACCAGACAGCGGAAAAUUUUUCUGUAACACUCAAAGCCACCGAACCUGUUUUACCAGCUGUCGCUGCUGGAAAAACAGUCGAUUUUACCUGGUCUUCGGAAGCCAAAUAUGGUUUCACGCGUCACGGAAGUGACCCGACCCACAACUAUAUGCCCUUGUACAGGUUGAAAAUACCUCGUCCCAAGUUCUGGGAGUGGCCUUCGGGCCACCGCUAAACUUAAAAUAAUUGAUGAACUCAUCAGGCUCUUUCUCUUGUUACUUAGUAAAGCCUCAUAUAAGGGUGACCUAGUAGGGAUUCACUCCUCCAUCUGCUGCCAACUGAACCCGCUGAAGGAAUAAUCGCUCUUGUUGUGGAAUAAUAUUUUUACUGUACUGAUAGAGUGUUCUUUCAUACAUAACAUAGUGAAUGCAUGCAUGCAUACCACACGA